CUGACAAGAUGGAAUGCGUUUCCUUAGAAGUGAAAUACUGAAGGCACAAUUACAAGGAGGGGAAAAAAUGAAGAGAAAACUAAAGAAACCAGAAUGGAUGUUCAAAGAACUUUCAACGGAGCUAAGAUUUAAAAGGGACAUGUACAUGAAAUGGAAAGGGGAGGAUCACCAAAGAAUGUAAACGACUAAACAGCAUAAGCAUAAGUAGCAGAUCAUGAAGAAGGCCAUCUGGAAUCACUUAGAAAAAAUGCUGUAAUCACUGAAGGGCAAGAUGGGUUUCUCCAAAACAAGUCAUGCCAGACUAAUCUGUUUUUCAGUAGAGUUCCAAGCUUGGUAGAUGAAGGAAAUGCCGUGGGUGUAGCACAUCUUGCUUUCAGUAAGACCUUUGGAAAGGCCUCUCCUGGUUUUAUAAACAACUAGUAAAAAGUGGGCUGGAUAAUACUCCUGUUCAGUGGAUUUGUAAUGGUUUGAGUGACAACGGGUGGAGUGGGCCCAGUACUGCUCAACAUGCGUAUCUUAUUUUCAGAUGACAAAAAAUUAGCAAGCAUAGCUGACAGUCUAGAAGAUAGGAUCACAAUUCAAAAUGGCCUGAACAUGUUAGAGAGCUGGGCCAAAACUAACCCAAUUAAUGUCAACAAGAAUAUAUGUAGAGUAGUACACUUAGGCAGGAGAAAAAUGCCAUGCACAGGUACAGGAGGGGCAACACCUGACUUGACAAUCAUUCAUAUGAUGGGAUCUUGGAGUGUUAGAGGACUGCAAGUGGAACAUGAGCCAACAAUGUGAUGCAGCAGCUGAAAAGACAAUGGGAUUUUGGGCUGCAUCCCAAGGAAUAUUGUGUCUAGAUUCAGGGAAGUCAUGGCGACCUUCUUUCUGCUUUGGGGAGACCUCACCUGAAAUUACACUGUGUCCAGUUGUGGGCAUCACAAUAAAAGGGGGAACAUACCCUGAUUCCAUUUCUGAUUCUAUAUAUCAAUUAAGAAAUGGUUCUUACCUGUGACCAACCCGUCGUCUCUACAAAGCUUACCUUUGUGGCAUGGAGGCCUUCGCCCUUUCCCUUUCAAGCAACCAGCAGGAAUGUAAGUUUACUUUAAAUUAUUUCUUGUCAUCAUUUUUCUUGAUAUCUCUCACGUGAGGAGGGAAUCUUUUCUUCUUCCGCCAGGGCCCAAUCGCCUUUGAGGACGUGGCUGUGGAUUUCUCCCUGGAGGAGUGGGUUCUCCUGAAUCCGGACCAGAAAGCCUUGCACAAGCAGAUCAUGGAGGAGAUGAAUGGGAUUGUGGACUCUCUCGUAGAUAACGGGGAGAAGAGCCAUGUAUGCACCAAAUACAGGAAGCAUUUGGGACACAACGGGUGCCUUCAUCGACACCAGCAAGCCCACAGAGAAGAUGGAGGUUCUGCCAGAGAAAGGCCCAACAAAUGCAUUGUAUGUGGGCAAUGUUUUACCCAAAAUGUGGCACUUGUCCUUCACAAGACACUUGAUGUUGGGAAAAGCCAUCUUAAAGGGAAAGUAUCUGCAAAAUGUGUGGUGAAACACAAGGAAUUUCACACAGGUCAGGAACAAUACAGAUGCCAAGAGUGUGGGAAGUGUUUUGCUUCCAGUUCAGCCUUGGUGAGGCUCAAAAGACUCCACACAGGAGAGAAGCCACACCAAUGUCAGGAGUGUGGGAAAUGUUUUGCUGAAAGUUCAGCCUUGUUGAGCCACAAAAGAGUCCACACCAGGGAGAAGCCAUACAAAUGCCAGGAGUGUGGGAAAUGUUUUGCUUUCAGUUCAGCCUUGGUGAGGCACAAAAGAGUCCACACAGGAGAGAAGCCAUACCAGUGCCAGGAGUGUGGGAAAUGUUUUGCUUUCAGUUCAGCCUUGGUGAGGCACAAAAGACUCCACACAGGAGAGAAGCCAUACCAGUGCCAGGAGUGUGGGAAAUGUUUUGCUUGCAGUUCAACCUUGGUGAGCCACAAAAGACUCCACACAGGAGAAAAGCCAUACAAAUGCCAGGAGUGUGGGAAAUGUUUUGUUUGCAGUUCAACCUUGGUGGGCCACAAAAGACUCCACACAGGAGAAAAGCCAUACAAAUGCCAGGAGUGUGGGAAAUGUUUUGCUGACAGUUCAAACUUGAUGAGCCACAAAAGAGUCCACACCAGGGAGAAGCCAUACAAAUGUGAGGAGUGUGGGAAAUGUUCUGUUUCCCAUUCAGACUUGGUGAGGCACAAAAGACUCCACACAGGAGAGAAGCCAUACAAAUGCCAGGAGUGUGGGAAAUGUUUUGCUGACAGUUCAAACUUGAUGAGCCACAAAAGACUCCACACAGGAGAGAAGCCAUACCAAUGCCAGGAGUGUGGGAAAUGUUUUGCUUACAGUUCAAACUUGAUGAGCCACAAAAGACUCCACACAGGAGAGAAGCCAUAUAAAUGCCAUGAAUGUGGAAAAUGUUUUACUCAGAGUUCAGCCCUUAACCAGCACCAGAGAACACAUACCGGAGAAAGGCCCAACAAAUGCAUUGUAUGUGGGCAAUGUUUUACCCAUGCAAAAUGUGUGGUGAAACACAAGAAAUUUCACACAGGUCAGGAACAAUACAGAUGCCAAGAGUGUGGGAAGUGUUUUGCUUCCAGUUCAGCCUUGGUGAGGCUCAAAAGACUCCACACAGGAGAGAAGCCACACCAAUGUCAGGAGUGUGGGAAAUGUUUUGCUGAAAGUUCAGCCUUGUUGAGCCACAAAAGAGUCCACACCAGGGAGAAGCCAUACAAAUGCCAGGAGUGUGGGAAAUGUUUUGCUUUCAGUUCAGCCUUGGUGAGGCACAAAAGAGUCCACACCAGGGAGAAGCCAUACAAAUGCCAGGAGUGUGGGAAAUGUUUUGCUUUCAGUUCAGCCUUGGUGAGGCACAAAAGACUCCACACAGGAGAGAAGCCAUACCAAUGCCAAGAGUGUGGGAAAUGUUUUACUUGCAGUUCAACCUUGGUGAGCCACAAAAGACUCCACACGGGAGAGAAGCCACACCAAUGUCAGGAGUGUGGGAAAUGUUUUGCUGAAAGUUCAGCCUUGUUGAGCCACAAAAGACUCCACACUAGGGAGAAGCCAUACAAAUGUGAGGAGUGUGGGAAAUGUUCUGCUUCCCAUUCAGACUUGUUGAAGCACAAAAGACUCCACACAGGAGAGAAGCCAUACCAAUGCCAGGAGUGUGGGAAAUGUUUUACUUGCAGUUCAACCUUGGUGAGCCACAAAAGACUCCACACGGGAGAGAAGCCACACCAAUGUCAGGAGUGUGGGAAAUGUUUUGCUGAAAGUUCAGCCUUGUUGAGCCACAAAAGACUCCACACUAGGGAGAAGCCAUACAAAUGUGAGGAGUGUGGGAAAUGUUCUGUUUCCCAUUCAGACUUGUUGAAGCACAAAAGACUCCACACAGGAGAGAAGCCAUACCAGUGCCAGGAGUGUGGGAAAUGUUUUACUUGCAGUUCAACCUUGGUGAGCCACAAAAGACUCCACACAGGAGAGAAGCCAUACCAGUGCCAGGAGUGUGGGAAAUGUUUUGCUUGCAGUUCAACCUUGGUGAGCCACAAAAGACUCCACACAGGAGAGAAGCCAUACCAGUGCCAAGAGUGUGGGAAAUGUUUUGCUUGCAGUUCAACCUUGGUGAGCCACAAAAGACUCCACACAGGAGAGAAGCCAUACCAGUGCCAGGAGUGUGGGACAUGUUUUACUUGCAGUUCAACCUUGGUGAGCCACAAAAGACUCCACACAGGAGAGAAGCCAUACCAAUGCCAGGAGUGUGGGAAAUGUUUUGCUGACAGUUCAGCCUUGGUGAAACACAAAAGACUCCACACAGGAGAGAAGCCAUACCAAUGCCAGGAGUGUGGGAAAUGUUUUGCUGAAAGUUCAGCCUUGGUGAGCCACAAAAGAGUCCACACCAGGGAGAAGCCAUACAAAUGUGAGGAGUGUGGGAAAUGUUCUGCUUCCCGUUCAGACUUGUUGAAGCACAAAAGACUCCAUACAGGAGAGAAGCCAUACAAAUGCCAGGAGUGUGGGAAAUGUUUUGCUGACAGUUCAGCCUUGGUGAGGCACAAAAGAGUCCACACAGGAGAGAAGCCAUACCUAUGCCAGGAGUGUGGGAAAUGUUUUGCUGUCAGUUCACACUUGGCGAGGCACAAAAGAAGCCACACAGGAGAGAAGCCAUAUAAAUGCCAUGAAUGUGGAAAAUGUUUUACUCAGAGUUCAGCCCUUAACCAGCACCAGAGAACACAUACCGGUCAAGAACUAUACAGAUGCCAGGAGUGUGAGAAGUGUUUUGCUUCCUGUUCAGCCUUGGUGAAACACAAAAGACUCCACACAGGUGAGAAGCCACACCAAUGCCAGGAGUGUGGGAAAUGUUUUGCUUCCAGUUCAAACUUGGCGAGCCACAAAAGAAGCCACACAGGAGAGAAGCCAUACCAAUGCCAGGAGUGUGGGAAAUGUUUUGCUUCCAGUUCAAACUUGGUGACACACAAAAGAAGCCACACAGGAGAGAAGCCAUACCAAUGCCAGGAGUGUGGGAAAUGUUUUGCUUCCAGUUCAGACUUGGUGACACACAAAAGAAGCCACACAGGAGAGAAGCCAUACCAAUGCCAGGAGUGUGGGAAAUGUUUUGCUUCCAGUUCAAACUUGGUGAGCCACAAAAGAAACCACACAGGAGAGAAGCCAUACCAAUGCCAGGAGUGUGGGAAAUGUUUUGUUUCCUGUUCAGCCUUGGUGACACACAAAAGAAGCCACACAGGAGAGAAGCCAUACCAAUGCCAGGAGUGUGGGAAAUGUUUUACUCAUAGUUCGUCCCUUGACCGGCACCAGAAAACACAUACAGGCUAAAAAACAGCCAUUGUGGGUAAAUGUCUGAUUUCAAACAGGACCCUUUGAGAAGUUCUGCGUCAGAUUUAGUGGAGCCCAGUUCUUGUCAUUUGAAUCCCUAAGUUGGAGGUCCUGUUCUCUGGACCAGCAGAAAGCUGUGUGACAAUCCUUCAGAGCAGUGGUUCUCAACCUGUGGGUCCACAGAUGUUUCGGCCUUCAACUCCCAUAAAUCCUAACAACUGGUAAACUGGCUGGGAUAUCUGGGAGUUGUAGGCCAAAACACCCGGGGACCCACAGGUUGAGGACCACUGCUUCAGAGAGUUAAAUAUGAUUGUCUUGUCACCUCGUCUGAAAAGAAAUAAACCAUAUGUGAUUCCAUCAGUUGUUCCUCUGGGAUUAGUUUCCAGCUCCAUUUCCACCUUGGUUGCAAGUGUCCAGUUUGUGAAUGUCGUGCCCUUGCAGAAACGUCCUCUGUCAGCUUGCGUGUUGUAAAUAGCCGUUAUGGGAGGGAUCCAGAGUUGGCCCCUUCCCUUUAAGGCAGUGGUUCCCAUUGGGCGCCUUCUCCUGGCCUCAGAGCGCAUGGGGAGUGGGCCUCCCUUUCUUGGGGAAGGCGGGGCUGUAGGAGGGCGGUGGGAGCUUCCUCUUCGGGGCCCAUGCCGUGUGUCCAGUUCUAACAUUCCUCGCGGAGUCCCCCUUCCUGCUGGGCGCAUGAGAGCUUCUUCGUAGCCGCACCAGGCAAGGGCUCCAUGGAGGUAGAGGGCCAGGUGAGGGAAGAAGGCCGCUCUCGGUAUCCGCGAGGGUCCUCCCCCCCCCCCCCCCACACCCGUGGGUACCGAAACCAAGUCCCAUUCUCCACAGUACCUUGGUCAGAGAGGGGCCUUUGGUCUGAAAUGAUACGGGUGGCAUGUGCUGCUGCCUGGGAGUGCACUGGGGUCUCCUCUCUUUCAUUCUCUUCUCUUCCUUUGCUUUGCUUUUCCUUUCUCUUCUCAUCAGUUGCCUGACUCCCUCCCUUCCCUUCCUUUCCUAUCACUUUCCUUUCUGUUCUCUUGCCUUCUUUCUCUUGCCCUACUUUCCUUGCUUUUUCUUUCUCUUCUCUUCCCUUGCCUGCCUUCUAACCUCCCCUUCCUUUGCCUUUCUUUCUCUUGCCCUUCCUUUUUCUCUUCCCUUCAUUUCCUUCUUUUCUCUUGUCCUUCCUUUUCCUUUUUUCUCCUCUUCCCUUCCUUUGCCUUCUUUUCUCUUGCCCUUCUUUCCUUGCUUUUUCUUUCUCUUCCCUUGCCUUCCCUUCCUUUGCCCAUCAUAUGUUAUGGACUGGAGUAGAGUACAAUAUAUGUCUCAUUUGAUGUCUUAUGAACUUGAAUAUAUACUAUAGUUGUUCUUCUUAAUCUGUUUAUCCUAUUAUGCUUAUAUUAUUGAUGUACUCUGAUUGUUGUUUAUGUGAGUUUAAUAUGUUGUGAGCCACUUUGGGUCCCGUGAGGGAGAAAAGCGGGAUAUAAAUAAAGAUUCAUUAUUAUUAUUAUUA